AUGCUUCCAUUUAGGCUGGAAAGGAUUCUGACUUUAUGUCGGCCAGAGGAUUCGGAAUUAGCUUUGCUCUUAGGUGGGGACUGCGAUGAAUUUUUGAAACACGCGUUUUUCGGCAAUAUACCUGUGGCUCUAGUAGCGAAAACCAGUAGUUAUCGAUAUAACGCUCUCAAGAAUUUUGCUCUGACAAGAUACUCGCAGACCGUGUAUCGAGGCUGUAUAAACGCUCGUUCGUUUCUCUGGACUGCUUGGAAUUAUGAUUUACUCUCAGUUAUAUUCAUAUGCAUUGAGCAGAGUAAUGAAAUCUUUUAUUAUACGUAUAAUCUAUAUUCGAACAACCAGAAUAUAUGCAAGGAUAUGGAAUUCGAUAAAACAAGUAAUCUAAAGGGAUACGCAAUUCGAUUAAACGCUGUUGAGAUGGAACCGUUCAUAACAAUUAAUUCAUCUGCACACAAUGCAGAUAAAUUUCACGGUCAUAAUAGUGAAAUCAUUAAAAUACUCGUAAAUAAACUACGAGCGACCUUAAGUGUUAAAGUGUGUGACAAACACCACGACCUCGAUAGUAUAAGACCCAAUGGUACUUUGCGAGGUAUGCUGACCUCCAUAAGCGACGGCAAAGUUGACAUAGGCAUGAACACGAGAGCUUUACACGUAUUAUGGAAGGUCAAAUACACGUAUCCUCAAUUGAGGUCAGGUCUUUGCAUGAUAACGCAACCGAUCCCAGAAGUAUCACAGUUCACCAAGCUAAUAACAUUUAUGUCGCCGGAAGUAAUAGCAGGCAUGAUCAUAACAUGUUUGCUCAUUUAUCUAAUUUUUGCGAAUAACAAGGGAUACAUUAAGGCCGGACUGCAAGUGAUCAGACUCGUGGUCUGCGUAGGAGUGUUUCGCCCGCCGAAAAUCAGUUCCACCAGAAUCUUUCUAUGCAUGGCACUCAUUCUGUUCCUGAACGUGAAUGCUCUUUUCCAAAGUCACCUGUUAUCUUUGCUCACCGUGCCGAUCUAUAAACGUGAUAUAGACACCUUAGAAGGGAUUAAGUAUUUAUCAAGGACAGGUUAUUUCGAAGAAACCUGCUGA